ACCAUGUGUUGUGUUGCUAGUGGGUUUAACGUAAAACCGAGGUGGGAAUGGAUCUGAGAGGAAGCUGUUUACAGCAGCAAGUCCAGCUGAAAAUCUCUCUGCCGUCUCUCCAACCUAGCACCCCUUCUGCGAGCGGCCGCACUGACCGGUUUUCACCAUGGCUCCCUCGCGCACUGGCUAUGCCACUCUGAAGACUGUCAUGAUUUGCUUCAACACCAUUAUCCUUGUUGUCGGCUGCACCAUGGUGGGACUGGGCCUGUGGAUUAAACUGGGAAGCGCCUCCUUCGUCAGGGUCUUGGGCGCCACCUCGGUGUACUUUGCCCACGUCGGGUACUUCUGCAUCGUGGCGGGCAGCAUGGUGGUCGUGCUGGGGUUCAUGGGCUGCUGGGGCGCGGUGAAAGAGAACAGAUGCCUCCUGCUGACGUACUUCUUAAUAAUGCUGGUCAUCUUCAUCGCUGAAAUCGCAGCAGCUGUCGUCGUAUUCGCUUUCACGUCCUUCGUGAGUAUCCAGAAUUCCCUUCUGAUGUGGGAAAUUCUCAUUUUCCUUGACAAAGCUCGCAGUAUCGUCCUAGACAAAUCACUGGCUGCCUUGAAGAAGAAAUACAGCGGCUACAAACACGAUGAUAUCGUGUCCUAUGGAUGGAAUGCAUUCAUGCUGAAGCUGAACUGCUGCGGGGUUCAUAACUACACAGACUUUUCCGGCUCUGCCUUUCAAAUACGGACCAACCUGACUUAUCCCAAAAGCUGCUGCAAAGAUCCAACGAGCUCCGCAUGCAACGGACGCAACGUCAGCAGCGUGGUCAUCAACCAGGAGGGCUGCUUCCGCCGGCUGGUUUCCCUGAUCAAAGACAAGAGCCUAUUGCUUGGUGGAGCUGCCACCGGCGCCGCCGUGCUGGAACUAUUAGCUAUGAUGGUCUCCUUAAUGCUGUACGCUAAACUGGAAUGACAACAUUUGAAGAAACCCAGCAGGAGGACUUCCCAAACCCUUGGAAUUGUGUUGCAUCAGGGCCGGGGGGGGCGGGGGGACACACUGCACUACAUGACAGCAAAGCUGAAAUAGUCCCAAGCACUAACGACCCUGCCCCAGAGCCGUCAUUGGGAGCAGGACCAUUCAUUUGCCCAGUUUUCAAACUCCAUAGUUACAGAACAGAAAAUCCUGGGAGCCAUACCACUAUGCAGGAUCAAAGUUCCCCCAGAGCUUUGAAUAUGGAAACCACUCUGCACAUGCGCGGUUAUUAGUGACAAAUGUACUGAACUAUUUCUAGAUUUAUUAUUCUCCAUCCCCGGGCGGGGGGGAGAUACCAUUUAAACAGAGAUAAUAAACAUGGGGAGACUGA